AUGGUCGAUAUGCUCUCUUUCCUGAGCCAUGAGGACAUGGAAAGUACUUCCAGGGAGGGAAAUGAUGUCUGGGGUCGGAAUGCCCCUGGCGGCCGUGAGUUUGUUGCAGUCGGACAAACAGACGGUACCGCCUUCGCUGAGAUCUUGAAGAACGGAGAGCUCAAAUAUCUUGGCCGUUUGCCAACCCAAACAGAGCAAAGCCUCUGGGACGACAUGAAGGUCAUGAUGGUUACGUUUACAUUGGAUCCGAAGCUCCAGGGUGAGCCAGUCACUUUCGAUAUCAAAAAGGAUCUCACCGCGUGGUUCGAGGGCUUUGGCAGCUCUCACAACAUUGUUGCCCACGAAGAGACCAACAAGGUCUAUGCCGUUGGAACAGGACGCAAAACCUCUUGUGCGGGUGGCUUGUUUAUGAUCAACGUUUCCAACCCUGACAAGCCUACAUCUCCUGGAUCCGUCAACGAAGACGGAUACGUUCAUGGCGCCCAAUGCGUAAUAUACAAAGGAUCCCCACAAGCAAUACAGGAACUGCGAAAUCUGCUUCAACUUCAACGAAGACACACUCACCAUGGUCGACGUCAAAAACCUCGCUGCGCCACGCUUCACUGGCUUCUAUCAAUCGCCGCCCGGGACCCAACCGGUAAAAAAUUUAGGGGGGUGGGCUUCUUCGAUUGCCACCCGGAGGACGAUGCGCUUGGUGGUGAAGUUGAGUUUGUAGGCUCGUGGAGUGUGUAUCCACCCUAUUUCAAGAGUGGGACUGUCGUUCUGAAUAGUUUUGAGAGAGGCCUGUAUGCGUUGAAGUAUACCGGUAAACAGGGAUGA